CCCCCCCCCCCCCCCCCGUCUUGCUCGUUUCAUAAGACGACCGACAACAGCUCAUACAUAUAUACCGAGGCAUUAUCCUAACUUGGUAUUACUGUGAGAAAACAGGUUGUGAAUAACCUCAUUCGCCCAUUGUGAAGAAAGGGAUCUGUUUCAGAACAAGAGAAAGAAGAAAGAAAGAAAAGAAAAAAAAAACCCCGAGUCUUGAUAUACUCCCCAUCGUCCAUCCUACUGAAAGAAAUUACCCUCGACCUACGUUACCUACCUACCUCACCUUACCUGAUACCCGCCAAUACACAAAACUUUCGGUGUUGAACCAAAGUCAGAACACGUCUGCUUUGGUAUAUCCCACAAACCACACCUCGCCCUACAAACACCAUUUACUCUCGACGACCAACAACACCAACCCCCCCAAAGCCUGGAGUUCCACAACGACAUGAGAAAACAAUGGCCGCCCACCAAACCCCGUUCUACUGCCUCUGGCAGAAGGAACACGCCCACCUAGGCUCAGCAGUCCUCGACCUCCUCCCCAAACGCGACCUCGCCGCCCUCCGCCUCGCAAGCCCAGCCUGCUGCAACAUCGCCACAAAACCCCUCUUCAAGCGCGUCCGCGUCACCUUCUCGGCAAACACCUUUACCAAACAAUCCCGCAUCCAGGCCCUCGCCCGCGUAGGCCACCACAUCGAACACCUUCACUUCCACUUCGCCCACACGGAAGCAACCUUCCUCCCUCCGCUUGUCCAUCCGACCACCGGCCGCGAGAUCUCGUUCCUCUACACCCCGCACACGAGCAUGGCCUCCGUCCUCGCCCGUCCCAAAUACGCCAACACGGAACUCGGCGAGAUCUUGACGCAGCAGUACCCGCCCCUUUUUCACGCCGCCACAAACGUCCCCAGCUUCAUCAACGCCCUGCGCUACCUCACCAACAUCCGCCACCUCACCAUCCGCUGCCCGGGCCAGGACCCGCAGGAGCGCUACCGCCGCGACAUUGUCGACUACGCCAUCAUGUCCCUCCGCAUCGCCGUCGAGCGCGCGCCCCUCGAAGCGCUCGAGAAGCUCUCCCUGUCGGGCAUGCACCCGUCCUCUUUCAACUACCUCCGCCACGUCCCCGGCUUCGGCGCCGUCCCCUCCGCAGGCCGCCGCUGGAAACAGAUCCGCAAGCUCAACAUCUCCGUCGAGGCAUGGGACUUUUACGGCCCCUCCCCGGGGUUGGACCACCUGAAGAUCAUGGACGACUACAUCCGCCAGUUCUCCGGCACCCUCGAGAAGCUUCACUUCACCUGGCUCGGCCCCAAGGGACCCUGUCCCAUCGCCCUCUCCGCGGACCCCCUCUUCGCGCCGCCGAAACACAGCAAGAAGCUCUUUGCAGAGGUGACGUCGCCCAUGUCGCCCCUUCCGCCGGCGCCGGCCCGGAAGCCGAUGCACUUCCCCCGCCUGCGGUACAUGCAAGUCCGCAACGCCACCAUGACGGCCGCCCAGCUCUCGGACCUGGUCGACGCGCACCAGAAGACAGUAAAGGAGUUCGAUUUCGACAACGUCGUGCUCAUCAACGGCGGCGACUGGGAAGAGGCCCUGGCGCCGCUCAUGGAGAAGAGCGGCUCAUCAUCCAGCCAUGGCGGCAACGGCAGCGGCAGCGACAUCUGGUCGCAACACUCGCGGAGCAACUCCGAGGCCGGCAGCCUGCACUCUGACCCGGAACCCUACCACGAUGACGAUCUGCCAUCGCCGUCCGCCGCGGCGGCCGCUGCCACUCGAGAACUACUCGACUUUGACCUCGGCAGCGAAUUAUACGUUGACGAAGAACUAUUCGAUCCAUAUGACGGCCUCGACGAGGAUCUGGCUUCAGACCUCGCGGCCGCGAAGGAGGCCAGUACCUCCUUCAGCACAAUACUAAAGAAGAAGCGAGUCCACCGGCGCAGAAAGCACCGCAAGGACGACGGCGACAAGAACAGCAAGGAGAGCAGCAGCAGCAGCAGCUCAAAGGAGAGCUCGUCGCGGCACCACAGAAGCCGCAAGCACAAACACCACAGGGAGCAGCCGCCCGUCCCAGAAGAGGACGACGUCUUCCGCCCGUCGACACCGGUGCCCAUUAUCACGGCACCGAUCCAGGACACGUCCCCGCACCCGGUCCUGCUCCAGCCGGCGGUGUACGACCCGAACGCCAGCCGGCUUUCGGACCCCAAUGACGGCAUCUCUUCAGUGCAGCGUAAUAUUGAACAGGAGGAGGCGCACCGCAUGCUGGCCGAGGAUGCGGCGAUGCGGGUCAGCGCGCUCCGCAAGGCCAAGGCGGCGGUGCUGAUGAAGCUCUCGAGGGAGUUCAACCACCGCAAGGGCUCGCCGGCACCCGUGGCGAAUAAGGACAGCUGCGGGCUGCAGAUGCGGUUGAGGGAAGGGCUCUUUGGGAGGAGCUUUGUGAGCGUGCUUCCAGACGACCGGUCCAUGUCGAGCCAGUCGGCGCUGGUGCCGCUAAUGUUUACGAGAUCAUGAUCAUCAUGUAUGCCCCAGACACACGAUUCUGUAUAUCUGUUAUGUAAGUCGGGAACACAAACUGCACUGUGUAUCCUCUUGUACGGACUGGACUUGGCAGGUCGGAAGGAUAUGGCGGGGAAAAAACAAGCCGGGAAUUGGCCUGGAUAGGCCGGCGGCGACGACAGGAGGCAUUAUGACUUUUGUAAUGACUUGACGAUACACUACUUUCCUUUCACUGUCAAUUUUUUCAGAAUAACAAUAUUCCAAACAAA